CAACAACCGCUCUGGACUGCACAGUUCAAGCGCAAGCAUGCAGACCAUGGCGGUGCCAGGCGUCCGCAACAAAUGAUCCAAGACGUGAGGACUCACUUAGAACUGCAAAGUGUAGGUGGAUAUCAGAGGAGGUGUACAGAGCCGAUUGAGGCAGCUUGUUGGUCAUCCUUUCUCGCAUUAAAUCGAUCCAGGUGGUCUUUCUAAAAGAGCUGCUGACCAUGUUGGACCACUUUUCUAUCUUCACCCGGGGGGGCCUGGUCCUGUGGACUUUCCAGCUGACCUCCGCUCUGAAGGGGAAUCCGGUUGAUUCGCUCAUCCGGUCGUGCCUGCUGGAGGAGCGCUCAGGCGAAACAUCUUUCUCGCAAGGAGAGUACACCCUCAAGUGGACCUUCCACAAUGAAUUGGGUCUGGUCUUCGUGGCAGUAUACCAGCGGAUCUUACAGUUGCUGUACGUGGAGGAGCUCCUGGCUGCAGUAAAAGCAGAGUUUGCACCAACCUACAAGGAGGGCAAGUAUUCCUACAAGGGGUUCGAUGACAAGUUUCAGCGGAUGCUUCAAGCAGCGGAGACCCGGGCUGAGGAGAGUCGACGAUCAAAGCAGAUAACCAAGUUUGAGAACACCAAGAAGGGGAAGGAUAAGCUGAAGCAAACGGGAAAGACGGGAGGGAACAAAACGUCUGGAGGCAAACAAGAAAAGGAGAGCGACGACGAUGACAGCUCCUCAGCAGCUGAGAAAAACAAAUUAGGGGUCCAGGCAGUCAAGUCCGACGAUAGUAGAGGCAACAGUAGCGAAGAAGAGAGUGUGGGGACAGUCAGCAAUGGGGCAAACGGAGCCACUGCCUUUGACCUGUCCAAGCUCCAGAAGCGGAAGGGAAAGGGGCCUAGCACCAAGAAGGCUGACCCCCUCAAACCUGCGGAUGGCAAGAAGCUCGGCAGCGACUCGGCGGCGGACAGCGGCAAGAAGGGUACGCGGGGAAAAAGGGUGUGGGACGACACCCCUGAUCCCAACAGGAAGCUGGAUUAUUCAGAGGGAACUGAGAGCGAGGUAAUUGACGCAAUCGAUGUGAGUGGCGGUGGGAAGAGCCGCAUGGAUGUUGAGGAGGAUCUUGACGAUGAUGAGGAGGAGGGGGAGGAGGAGGAACAGCUGAACGAAGUGUCAAACGGCACCGUCACUGCCACCACCAAGACUCCUGCUAAGAAGGGCUGGUUUGCAUCAGUUUUCCAAAGUGUGGCUGGGAAGGCAGCUCUGGAGAAGGAGGACUUGGAGCCGGCUCUGAAAGCUCUCAAGGAGCGCCUCAUGACCAAGAAUGUCGCUGAGGAGAUUGCGGAGAAGCUCUGCGAGUCGGUUGCCACCAGCAUUGUGGGCCGCAAGCAGGCCUCAUUCUCUCUGGUCUCGUCGACUGUUAAGGCCGCCAUGGAGGAGGCUUUGCUGCGGAUCCUGACCCCAAAGCGGUCCAUUGACAUCCUGCGGGAUGUGCAUGCUGCCAAGGAGGCUGGGCGUCCCUACACAGUGGUCUUUGUGGGAGUGAAUGGGGUCGGAAAGUCCACCAACCUGUCCAAGGUCGCGUAUUGGCUCCUGCAGCAUGACAUCAAUGUCAUGAUUGCUGCGUGUGAUACUUUCCGUUCGGGUGCAGUGGAGCAGCUCAAGACACACUGCCGCAGGCUGAAUAUCCCCCUGUUCGAGCGCGGCUACGAGAAGGACCCUGCCGCGGUGGCCGCCGAUGCAAUCCGUGCGGCGGCGCGCGAGAAGCGCGACGUCGUGCUGGUGGACACGGCGGGGCGCAUGCAGGACAACGAGCCGCUGAUGCGGUCGCUGUCUAAGCUGAUCAACCAGAACCAGCCGGACCUGGUGCUGUUUGUGGGGGAGGCGCUCGUGGGCAACGACGGCGUGGACCAGCUCAUGAAGUUCAACCAGCGCCUCGCGGACCUCUCGGUUGGCAGCGCGCCGCGCCUCAUCGACGGCAUCCUGCUCACCAAGUUCGACACCAUCGAUGACAAGGUCGGGGCAGCGCUGUCCAUGGUGUACGUCUCAUCCGCCCCCAUCAUGUUCGUCGGUUGUGGCCAGACCUACACCGAUCUCACCAAGCUCAACGUGAAGCAGAUUGUGAGAACCUUGCUGAAGUAGAGCCUGGGCAGUUUUUUCUCCCGUGGAAGGUGAGAGAUGCUGUCGUCAGCUGCAGGAUGAGAGACACAGACCUGCCUAGAUUCUGCGGGACAUCUCACCGCUUUGAAGGCAUGGUUUUGUUUGUCAAGAACGUGGCCUACCGUCAAUACGCCAUGGAUGUGCUGCUCUCGCUUUAUCAGUCACGCUCGAAUCUGGCCUUAACAUCUCAAAGGCAGUGCAUGCCUACUACAGCCCACGUAUCCG